AUGUUCGACCCUUUUUCUAACUUACAAAAGAACCUCCAAGAAGCGAUUGGCCAGUUCAUCAAAACAACCCAAGAAGAUGUCAAAAAACGAAAUAUGGACAAGCAUAUCGCCACUGUUUGCGCCCAAAAGUUCUUGGAUCGAGCCAACAAGAGCGACAAUUUCAAUGGCAAAAGCGAAGAAGCUGGCGUUUUGGCGGAGGAGUUUGGAAGAGCUGCCGUGGAAUCGAUCAACGCGCUCCGGGACUUUCAAGCCGCCAUGAUGAAACUCACCGAGCUCAUUGCUGAAUAG